UCCCCCAUUCUACAUCAUAAGAGUAGCUUCUUCCCUAAAUCAAAUCAGCAUGGCUAAUACUGUUCACGCCUCGACGGUCUCCAGCUGCAGCAUCUUUGGCAUCACCGUCGAUUUCACCAAUUGGUCGAAAACUAUAGAAUCUGCUGAAGUACGGACCAGCAAGCAUCCGCCAAUUGAACUUGAGCGCGAAGCAGGAAAGAGUUUGCGACACAUGUUUGAUUUACCCAUGUAGUAACGUUCAAAUUCUCGACCCCGACACAUGUUCUCACCUAAGUUGCUUCUGUGUCUUUUUUGUCUCAGGGUGAUUUCCCAUGAAGAUCCAUUUUCCCUACGUAUACGGUACAAGGAAUCUUUUGGGAUGAAGACCAAAGACAUUGCUUUUGACCCAGAUGUCAUUUUUCUUGUAUCUAGUGCAAGCGAGGGACAAGAAUACAUCAAGUCGCAUGAAGAAAUCACGAUUGUCGUCGCCCUUUCUGGGAAUACCUCAGCUGAACAGUCUGAGCAAUCUAUCUCUACUGGCCAAAGUCAUACGCUCCUGGCUACUACUUCCGAAAUCUUUCGGAGCUGUCCUCAGUUCCGAAUUCUGGUGAUAGGAAAGACUGGCGUCGGCAAGUCGUCACUGAUCAACCAUGUAUUCGGAGUGGACACAAUGUCUGUUGCCCAUGAUAAGUCAGGCGAGGCCAGCAUCGACGAUGAGUUCGUCUCAUCUCAGAACGACAGGUUCGUUCUCCAUGACAGCAAGGGUUUUGAACCAGGGGAACAAGACAACCUCAAAAUUGUCCGAGAUUUUAUUGGCCGUCGGAGCGCAAUGCCUGAUUUAAAAGACCAGCUGCACGUUGUUUUGCUUUGCUUUGAGAUACCUCGUGCAGGCGGACGUUUGCUGGAGACGGGAACAGAGGAAUUCCUGGAAUCGAAACGUGAUGGAACGCUGGGAAAAGUUCCUGUUAUCGUCGUUCUUACUAAAUACGACAUGCUUAUCGAACGCAUGGAACGAAAUCUAGAUGAGGCCUCUCUCGAUGAAUUGAGCGACGAAGAGAUCGAGGAACUCGUGAAGAACAAAGCAGAAGCGGAGCUGCGGGAUACCUGCAUCGGACCUCUAGAGGAAUUGGCAGGGUCUGAUAUCCCCCACGCCACGAUCUCCACCGCAAAAGGUUACACGGAGACACUCACCGACCUCAUCCAAAUAACUGAAAGCUGUGUCAAUGAGCAUCUUGUGCCGGAGGCCGCAGUGAUGACCUCCAUCGCUCAGCGAAUGCAUCCUGGACUCAAAACAGAGGCAUUAAUUAAUGUUGGCAAGCAAAAAUAUUGGAAGGCGCUUGCAUCAUGCCCAAAGUUCAAGAAUUACCAGAUCCAGGAUUGUCUGCGUGUGCUUCACACUGACAUCGUCGAUGUGUGGAACUUCCGUGACCCUCAUCAUCACUUGCACAGCCAAGAGUUCAGGGAAUUGAUGAUGAACAUGGUCGAUAAGAUACAAGCUGGAUCUACAGUUGAUCCCACCAAGACCUUGACAUUUGGGUUAUCCAUGGUUGGCACUAUUGCGGGCAUCGUGUCCGCCUUGGCGGCACCGGCAGCUCCCAUCGUACUACCAAUCGCAGUAGGUGCCGUGCUCGUGGUAUGGGUUCACGAAGUGUACAAAAUGUCCCACGUGGUGCUUCAGCGCUUUAUGGCCUACAUCAUGCACUUGACACUUGUGUUGCAAACACUUUUUAUCGUGUCAGAAAGCCGGGAACUCACCCGUAGGGCCAUCAAGCUCGCGGUCAAUUCCUACCUCGCCUCCCCAAUAAGCGGAGAAGUUCUCAAUAAAAUUCAGGAUUACGAUAAGCAAUUGACGAUCCUGGAACGCGCGGAUAGCGAUACGUUGGACAAAAUCGAAGAGAUGAUGCAAUUUUACAAGAUCGAUGCAGCACAAAUUUCCAAUCUUCAGGCAAAUACUUCCCAUGUAGAUUUGUCGUCGGACGAGCCAUGGUAAAUUCAGAAGUCGUAGGGUUCGAUUGUCUCUUUUGUGGAUGGUUCUGCGCGUGGGCGGUGUCUAAGUGCU